UCCAUGGCCGUUAAGCCCAAACCCGCAACCUCCGCUUGCCUCGCCGCCGCCGUCCAUGGAGACCUCAAAAUCGCCGGCGCGGCCCUUCUCGCCGCCGCGGGAGCCCUCCGCAGCGACGGUGCUACUGUGCCCUUGCCUGGUGCUCCUCAUCCUCGCCCUCAUCGCCACAUCUAUCGUCCUCACGGUCCACUUCCGCCUGUAUUGCCACUCCCCUGUCGGCCACCUCGUCUCCCCCCACCGCUGCCCGCGCCACAUCUGACCUCCGGCGCAAUCAACCUCCGGGGCGAGGGUGCGGGCGCGGGCCUGCUUCCCAGCCGCGCGCUACCUCUACUUUCAGCGAGAUCCCGUUCCCUCCCCGCUGCGUCGCUGGCGUGGGGGGCCGACGCUCCGUUCCGACUCGCUGGGUCAAGAUGCCUCUCGACCUCCACGUCCUCCGCCUCUGAAGACGACGACGAGGGGGGCUCGCCGCCUCAGGUGCCGUCGAGCCACCCGGAGCACGUGGGCCGCUUGUGCGCCGCCAUCGCGGACGUCAUCACCGCAGGCGCCGACGCGAACCUGGAAGCAGCGCUCUCCGCGCUGUCGCUGCCGCUCUCCGAGGCGCUCGUGAUUGCUGUCCUCGACCGCUUCAAGCACGCACACAAGCCAUCACGCCGCUUCUUCCAGUGGGCCGCCGCAUCUGGGGGGUUCGCACACACCCCCGUCACCUACUGCAAGAUGCUGCACAUUCUUGGCAAGGCGAGGCAGUUCGAGACGAUGGUUGCACUAGUCCAUGAAAUGGGGAAGGCAGGCGCCCUUUGCAUGGACGCCUUCAAGAUUUCCAUCAAGUCGUUUGCCGCCGCUGGCGAGAUCAAGAAUGCAGUUGGUGUAUUCGAGAUGAUGAGGGUGCACGGCUUUGAUGAUGGGGUUGAGUCCUUCAAUUGCUUGCUAUUCGCUUUGGCCCAUGAUGGGCUGGGGAAGGAGGCAGCCCAGUUGUUCAGCAGAAUGCAUGACCGGUACACUCCGGACCUGCGCUCAUACACAGCCAUGUUGCUGGCAUGGUGCAAUGGAAGGAACCUGGUGGAGGCUGGGCGGAUUUGGAAUGAGAUGCUGGAGAAGGGGAUGAAGCCAGACGUUGUUGUGCACAACACAAUGAUUGAGGGGUUGCUUCGUGGGCAGAGGCGGCCUGAGGCUGUGAAGAUGUUCGAGCUGAUGAAGGCAAAGGGGCCUCCCCCAAAUGUGUGGACUUACACAAUGUUGAUUCGAGACCAUUGUAAGCACGGAAAGAUGGACAUGGCAAUGCGGUGCUUUGAGGAGAUGCAGGAGGAUGGGUGCCAGCCGGAUGUUGCUACCUAUACGUGCUUGCUUGUGGGAUAUGGCAAUGCAAAGCGAAUGGAUAGAGUGACUGCAAUGUUGGAGGAAAUGGCACAGAAGGGUUGCCCCCCUGAUGGCUGGACGUACAAUGCGCUGAUUAAGCUGCUCACUAAUAGGAAUAUGCCAGAUGAUGCAGUAAGGAUAUACAAAAAGAUGAUAAAUAAGGGGCUUGAACCCACAAUCCAUACAUACAACAUGAUGAUGAAGUCGUAUUUCCUUGGCGGGAGGAACUAUGCAAUGGGCUGCGCAGUGUGGGAUGAGAUGCAUCGGAAGGGGAUUUGUCCUGAUGUGAACUCAUACACUGUGUUUAUUAAUGGUCACAUACGACACGGCAGACCUGAGGAAGCAUGUAAAUUUAUCGAAGAGAUGAUCCAGAAAGGGAUGAAGGCUCCACAAAUAGACUACAACAAAUUUGCUGCAGACUUCUCCAAGGCUGGGAAGCCAGACAUAUUGUUUGAAUUAGCUCAGAAGGUGAAGUUUACAGGGAAAUUUGAUGAAUCUAAUGUGUUCCAUCAGUGGGGAGAGAGAAUGAGAAGUCGGGUCAAGCAAACUGUCCCUAACCAGACUAGGAGCAGGACAUUGUAAGAUUAAGAUGUUUGUAAUGGUGUUUGGAAUUUUUAGAAUGUGCUCCUGCUAUUUAUGAAAGAGGUGCUAUAGUUUCUCUGAUGUUGUAUAGUAAUACUUUAUUGAAGAUUAUGUCUCCUGUU